CGCGAGCACUCCUGCGGAUCUUUGGGGGAUGUGAGCUCCAUCAUGGCCAACACAGCUCAUUAUAUGGCUAUACAGUGAUGGGGCCUGCUCUGAGUCUCCCUCGAUUUCCGCCCUUCGCGAGCGCCGGUAGAGCGCGCUUGACGCUCUCUCCUUACUCUAUCUGCGCCCUCACAUUCGACGGUCGAGAUGGCAGGAAACGAAUCUAAGAAGAGACCGCUGCCAGUCGACAAGCUUGCCCUCGCUUUGCUCGUCUCGCUCGCAUUCUCUCUCGCGGUGCUUCUGCGCUAUCAUGAGCGAACGAAGGACCAGGACGAUCCAGUAUAUACUUUCCGUGGGUGGGACUACCCCGAAACCUGGGACAUCGGCCCGCUCGAAGAAGUACACAUGCCGUACGAGAACACGGUCCACUACGCGCUCGACACGCCGGCUGGAAUCGAACAAUGGCAGACGCUGCUUCCUCCCGGUGGCGGGAUGCUGUACCUCGGCCCAGACAAGCGGCCCUUCAGCAUCAGCGUCUUCCACCAGCUGCGCUGCCUCGACAUUCUGCGCGCUGAGCUUGUUGUGCAGUUUCAGCAUGCUGACGAGCCACCGCCGGAGAGGCAGUCGCCGUUAGUGAACCACUGCAUGAAUUACAUCAGGCAGACGGUUCUGUGCCGCGCGGACUUGACGAUGGAGAGCAUUCGCGGGCUUAAUUACUCGACGUCGACGGUGUCGGACGUUACGCAUGUUUGCCAGGAUCAUGCAGCUGUCUUCCGUGCGGCGGAGGAUAAUUGGCGAGAGUACCAGAGGUCCACCUGGUUGAAGGCAUCGUGAUCGUGACUAGACAUCUUGUGUAUGUACGCCCCACAAGCAAAGAGUUCUCACUCAGUUAUGCCUCCGACUCCGAUGAGUUCUGCUCGACUGUCAGUCUGUAUCGUUGUCAAUAUCAGCGCCGGACGCAAGAAUCACCUUCGUGCGCGCCUCCCAAUCGUCAAAGUUCUUGUCCAGGAAGUCGUAUACUACCGAAUGAUCUCGACAGGUAUGCGUC